GCUCUACAAGGUCCCCACCAGGAACUUCUCUCCGCUGGCAUCUCCCACGAUGGCGAACUCGGCUGACUUUGUGGACGUGUGUCUGAGGAGGGGCAGAGUGCCCGGUUGGAUGGGAAUGCAACAGCUUUGAAAGUUUACAGACCAGCCUUGGACAUGAGCGAUUCUACCCUCGACGUGGCGUCAGCGAACGACUCGGAAGAGACAUCCUCAGCGGUGGCGCCCCCUGGAAAUGGAGGGACACCCCCCCUCGGCAUCAUCACGGAAGGUGUCAGCGAGCUGGCGGUCAUCGACUCCGAGGUGGCCAAGAAGGCCUGCCAGGAGGUCCUGGAAAAGGUCAAGCUGAUGCACUGCAUCUCCGAGGAUGGCUGUGUCAAGCCGAAGGACGGCGACGGGACGGCGUGCGCUCACCGGCCCAGCCUGGCGUUCCCGAACGGCAGCGUGGGGGAGUGCUGCGAGAUCAAGUGCCUGGACGACCCGCCUGGCAAGAUCCAGGAGGAGGACGAGCACCUCUUCAACACGGUGAAGAGCGCCCGGCGGCGCCAGAAGAACAACUCGGCCAAGCAGUCCUGGCUGCUGCGGCUCUUCGAGUCGAAGCUCUUCGACAUCUCCAUGGCCAUCUCGUACCUGUACAACUCAAAGGAGCCUGGGGUGCAGGCCUACAUCGGCAACCGGCUGUUCUGCUUCCGCAACGAGGACGUCGACUUCUACCUUCCCCAGCUGCUGAACAUGUACAUCCACAUGGAUGAGGAUGUGGGGGACGCCAUCAAGCCGUACAUAGUCCAUCGCUGCCGGCAGAGCAUCAACUUCUCCCUCCAGUGCGCCCUGCUCCUGGGCGCCUACUCCUCGGACAUGCACAUCUCCACCCAGCGCCACUCCCGUGGGACCAAGCUGCGCAAGCUCAUCCUCUCUGACGAGCUCAAGCCGGCCCACCGCAAGAGGGAGCUGCCCUCCCUCGGCCCAGCGCCGGACACGGGGCUCUCGCCCUCCAAAAGGACUCACCAGCGGUCCAAGUCGGAUGCCACCGUCAGCGUCAGCCUCAGCAGCAACCUGAAGCGGACGGCCAGCAACCCCAAAGUUGAGAACGAUGAUGAGGAGCUCUCCUCGAGUACGGAAAGUCUUGAUAGAUCCUUUUGCUCCCCCAUCCGCCUGGCCCCGGAGAGAGAGUUCAUCAAGUCGCUGAUGGCCAUCGGGAAGCGCUUGACCACGCUGCCCACCAAGGAGCAGAAGACGCAGCGCCUCAUCUCGGAGCUGUCUCUGCUGAACCACAAGCUGCCGGCCCGUGUAUGGCUCCCCACCGCCGGUUUUGACCACCACGUCGUGCGGGUCCCGCACACCCAGGCCGUGGUGCUGAACUCCAAGGACAAGGCGCCGUACCUAAUCUACGUGGAAGUACUUGAAUGUGAAAACUUCGACACCACUAACGUUCCUGCCCGGAUCCCGGAGAACCGCAUCCGCAGCACAAGGUCCGUGGAGAACCUUCCAGAGUGCGGGAUCACCCACGAGCAGAGGGCCAGCAGCUUCACCACCGUUCCCAACUAUGACAACGAUGACGAGGCCUGGUCCGUGGACGACAUCGGGGAGCUGCAGGUGGAGCUCCCUGAGAUGCACACCAACAGCUGCGACAACAUUUCCCAGUUUUCUGUGGACAGCAUCACCAGCCAGGAGAGCAAAGAACCCGUCUUCAUCGCUGCCGGAGACAUCAGGCGGCGCCUCUCAGAGCAGCUGGCCCACACUCCGACAUCAUUCAAGAGGGACCCUGAAGACCCCUCUGCCGUCGCCCUGAAGGAGCCGUGGCAGGAAAAAGUCAGGCGGAUCCGGGAGGGCUCCCCGUAUGGCCACCUCCCAAACUGGCACCUCCUCUCUGUGAUUGUGAAAUGUGGGGAUGACCUCCGCCAAGAGCUGCUAGCCUUCCAGGUUCUCAAGCAGCUGCAGGCCAUCUGGGAACAGGAGCGCGUCCCACUGUGGAUCAAGCCAUAUAAAAUCCUCGUCAUCUCGGCGGACAGCGGCAUGAUCGAGCCCGUGGUCAACGCCGUCUCCAUCCACCAGGUGAAGAAGCAGUCCCAGCUGUCCCUGUUGGACUAUUUCCUGCAGGAGCACGGCAGCUACACCACCGAGGCCUUCCUGACCGCCCAGCGCAACUUUGUGCAGAGCUGUGCCGGCUACUGCCUCGUUUGCUACCUGCUGCAGGUCAAGGACAGGCACAACGGCAAUAUCUUGCUGGACGCCGACGGACACAUCAUCCACAUCGACUUCGGCUUCAUCCUCUCCAGCUCCCCCCGGAACCUCGGCUUCGAGACCUCCGCCUUCAAGCUCACCACAGAGUUCGUUGACGUCAUGGGAGGCCUCGACGGCGACAUGUUCAACUACUAUAAGAUGCUGAUGCUGCAGGGCCUCAUCGCUGCUCGGAAGCACAUGGAUAAAGUGGUCCAGAUUGUGGAGAUCAUGCAGCAAGGCUCGCAGCUUCCCUGCUUCCACGGCUCCAGCACCAUCCGCAACCUGAAGGAGCGCUUCCACAUGAACAUGACCGAGGAGCAGCUCCAGCUGCUGGUCGAGCAGAUGGUGGACGGCAGCAUGCGCUCCAUCACCACCAAGCUCUACGAUGGCUUCCAGUACCUCACCAACGGCAUCAUGUGAACGCCCGCCG